AGAAUGGAAGAAGAAAAAGGCUUCGUUCCUGAUUACGAGUAUGAUCAACUACUCAGUCCUCCAUCUAAGGUGCCUGGUUCUACCACUAGUAAAAGAGGGAAACCUUGCUCAAUUUGCUUGGCAAAAUUCACACAUGUUAAGCGCCAUGUUAUAAAAGACCAUUUGCCAUGGUAUGCGUAUCCAUCUACAUGCUGCCCAACAUGUAAAAUUAACUUUGGCUAGAAACACUUUUUAGAUAUGCAUGUGGAAAAUCAGCAUAACAAUAAUAUCCCUGUACAGUUUGGUCGUUUUUGGAUUGAUUUUAUGUAUUACCUGUUCUUACAGAUUAUUCAAGUUUUGAAAUUAGGAACUUUUGAGAACCUGAUUAAAUUCAUUAACAGCAAUGAACAGUUCAGCUGUUGCCAGGGAUCUGUUUUUCAAGAGGAUCAUCUUGUUUAUUGUGAAAAAAUUUUAAAAGACAAGUUUCCAGGAUUAACAGUAUCAAAAAUACCUUUUCCAGUAGAUAAUGUUUCAUCUCUUUUACACUGGAAGAUUUUAAGCAAACUUAUAGAUAUUUCUAGUUGUCCAGAUCUUCUUUUUAAAAUUUACAAAAAGUAUGUAGUAUGGAUUUUAGGUUCGUCAAUUGUACAUUGGGCUGCUCAAAGAGCAAAUGACAUUAGUGUAGAAAACCUUGAAUUUGAAAAGACAAAAUUGAAUAUUUUUUGGCAUGGAAUAAGAGGAAUGAAGUGGGAAAGUUUAUUGGAUGCUGUUUCUUUUUGUACAUCAAAGUUUCCUCUGCCAGAUUUUAUUAUUAUACAUUUAGGUUCCAAUGAUAUUAAAUUUGGAUGUUCAAGAAAACUAUUACCAAACAUGCAAAAUGAUUUAACUGAAAUUGGACAAAAGUUUCCAAAUUGCAAAAUUAUUUUUUCAGAACUAUUAACAAGACUUACUUGGAGGGGUUUAAUUUGGGACGAGGGAGAAAAGGAAAGAUCUAUGAUUAACAAAGGAAUUAGUGAUUUUAUUGGAAUGGAACAUAUCAUUAGACAUGGUAAAAUUGAACCAAGAAAAAGAUAUUUAUUUAGAAGAGAUGGCAUCCAUCUCUCAGAUUUGGGAAAUGAUUUCCUAUUGGAUGAUUUCAAGAUUAAAAUUCAACAAAGUAUUAUUUAAAGUUUAACAAUAUCUUUUAUCAUUAUUUAUUGCAUAUGGACAGUGCUGAUAAAUAGUCGGAUCGUCUGAUUGUUGUCAAUUUCAUUGUCUGUGUGUAAUAAAUAUUCAACAGUUUUUAUUUUGACAAGUUGAUGUUCUUUUUAAGUUUAUGUAGGCCCUAUAUGUGUUAAUAUUUUAAAAGAUGUAAAUAUUUUUAUGAUCAAGAUAUGUAUAAGACUUUUCA